AAGGAACUUUUUAUUGAUGACGUAAUUAACACACUAGGCCGUGUACCAAUGUGUAACGGAUCGUGUGUUCCUGAAGAUGGGAGCCGGUGACUGGGAUAAAAUGUUGCCAGAGCCAGAUCUUCUGGGAAAAUAUUUCCACGAACAGUUUAAAGUUUUUCCAGAUCAUCAAAGAAAAAGAUCAGAUUGGAAAAAAGGAAAGAAUGGAAAAACAACAAAGAACAAGGAGAAACGAAGAGCAAAAAUUGAAUCAUGUGGGGAUGUGACAAAUCUGUCUGGGCCCCCAGAAGUGGAGCUUCCUAGUAAUGCAUCAAGUUUUGCAGUGUUUGCAAGUGUUCGUCUGGCUGUAUUGGAACGCUGGAUGAAGCAGGCCUGUCAGAUUUAUUUGUCAUCGUCAUCUAGUUUUCCACCAAUAGAUGGUAGUAGUGAAAUUGACAGUGAUAGUGAAGAGAAUACUGAUAAAAUUAGAGAAGUACCACCACUUCGAGUACCAAAGAUUGUAGGAGUAGGUCUGCGGAGUGUCUUUGAGCUUAUUCGUGAGAGUCGAUCUUCUCAUCCUCUUUUAUGUACAAAGGCACUUGUAGCACUUCUUGAUGUAGUGCAAGGUCAGCAACCAGAAGGUCUUAAAAAUGAACCAACUGAAGUAACAGAUCCUUUAUUUGACCUUUUACUUGAUCUGGCAACAUCACAUGGGCCAGAGUCAGCUGCUGCCAAUGAUGGAAGUCACCUCACAGCUGUGGGCUGUGCAUGUCUGCUCAGCCUUGUAGUAGUCAGGGGAGACACUGGAAAGUUGCUUAGUGCUACAGCAGCCUUACUCAUGUGCCCUCGAGCACUUGCUUCACAGAACAUACAUAUGCCAGCAGUACUUACAGCUCUGCAAAGAAGUGUGCAUGGUGUGUUGCUUGGGAAGGUAGUCAGACCAGACUGGAUAACUCAUGGUGUACCCAAGAACUCCAGAGUUGACACCUUCCACGUGAAGAUGAGUGGAGAUAUGUAUAAUGCAUCACUGAGUGCCAAAUCUCUAGCAAGUGAUGGACAGUUCCUGUACCUUUACACUUCCAGAGGACUUCUUAAAAUUGGUUCAGGAUAUGGAGGCACAAUUAAAGGACAUGUGUACCUUCACAAAGCUGAAUUCCAUUUUGAUGACAGAGGAUGGUUAGGAUAUGCUAAUGGUUUGUUAUACUUCAAGAACUUAAACAAGAAAGGUUGUGAGUUGUUAGCAGUUGAUAAGGAGUCUUUCAGGGUUUCUGAAGUUGUGAACUUGGAAGGUAAAGACUGGGGAGCAUGUGUAAUGUUCUCAGAUGGAGAGAAUCUUGGGAUGAUCACAUCAGCCAAAGACGAUGGUUUUGUUGUUCGAAUGGUGAAUCCUGCAAGCAGUCCUGUUGUGUCUGUAAAUGAAUUGCCACUGAAAUUGGCAAGGAAAUGUUUGGAUGUUUUUGGAACUGCAUCAUUUGAUGAAGAUGCUAAUAUCCAUACCAUACAUACUGGAUGUGACGAAGAGACUGUUGUUAUAGCAGCAGGAAAGGAUUUUGGGCUUUCAAGGAUAAAUUCAGGAAAGAUUCUCUACUGUGGUAAGUCUUCAAGUUUGGGCAUCAAGCAAGGUGGUUUGAGGAGUGGAAAAUGGGCAGAGCUUCCUGUUACCAAAUCACCCAAGGUAGUUCAUUUUGCCAUUGGACAUGAGGGUCUGCAUGCUAUUCUUCUGGCUGAAGAUGGCACUGUAUUUUUUGCUGGAACAGCUCGAAGAGGAGAAGAUGGAGACCAGAACAAAGCCCGACGUCAACCAAAACCAGUGAAACCAAAGAAGAUGAUUAAAGUUGAUGGACUGAACAUUGUGCAUGCAGCAUGUAACAAUGGUACAACUGCCCUUGUUUCUAAAGAAGGAGAACUUCUUAUGUUUGGAAAAGACACUGCACAUUGUGAUAGCUCUACAGGACUUGUAACUGACUUAAAGGACGUGCAUGUAACGCAAGUUUCACUUGGAAAGGCUCAUACUGUGGCCCUCACCAAUAAAGGACAUGUAUAUACAUUUGGGAUAAACAAUAAGGGGCAGUGUGGCAGAGACUUUGCUGCACAAAUCAAAGAAGUUCCUAUGGUAGUUGCUAUGGAGACUACAGGUGAGGAGGAGGCAGACAAUGAAGAGCUGGAUUGGGAGGAUGCCCAAGAGACAAUGUGUCCUCCAGGGAAACACAAAUGGAAGCAUGACCUCUGCAUGGUGUGUACUGUGUGUCGAGAAUGUACAGGCUAUAGCAUCAGUUGCCUGAGUAGCAUGCGGCCUGACCGGAACCCUGGACAGGAAUGUGGGUGUGGUGAAGGGGAUUCCGGCUGUGCAGAAUGUGGAUGCUGUCGGAUCUGUGCUAGGGAGAAUGUUGACAACUCGGAGCUUGCUAUUUUGGGACCUAGUGGAGCAGGUGAUCUAGCUGGAAUGAUGAGACUAGGUCUUAUCUUUGGAGGUGAUGCUGAAAGACGACAUGGAGCACGCUUACAGGAUCAUUUGCAGCGACGGUUGGAUGAACGAAAGCAGAGGCAGCGAGGUAGAUUAGCUAGUGGGUCAACCAAGCAUUGUCUCAAAAUGAAAGGUGUUAAUACUAGGGCUGGUCCUUCAACUGUUACAGUGGUAACAGCAAAGCCUGUUCCAUCAGUAUUUCGCCCUCCACCACCAGUUAUACCAGCUGCUCAAAGUAUACUAGUUGAGGAGCAAGCUGGGAGUAGUGAUGUGGAGAGAGAUGCCAGUCGUGUAACAUCUCUUCCUCCUGCAAGAGUCCAUUUACCUAUUGAGAGUCCUGUGGUACAAAUUGCCUGUGGUUUACAUCAUACAGUGCUGUUGCUUCAAAGUGGGGAAGUCAUGACUUUUGGCAGUAACACAUAUGGCCAGCUAGGCAUUGGUGAUCUCCUUCCACGUGGGGGCCCCACACUGGUCAAAUUAGCAUGGCAUGCAGUUCAUGUUGCAGCUGGUAGUAAUCAUACUGCUGUACUUAAUAAUAAAGGAGAGGUGUACACAUUUGGAAGUUACCAGAAAGGUCAACUGGGACGUCCAUCUCCUGCCAUAGGACAUGAAUUACCAGUCACCAGCAACAAAAAGGAUGAUUGCUUGUGUCGAGAUGGUCCUUGGUAUUCAUAUCCAGGUCCAGUGCCAAACAUUGGACCAAGGCAUGGGCGAAGGGCCACUUGGGUUGGGGCAUCUGGUGAUCAGACAUAUCUUAAAAUAGAUGAAAGUCUGAUUAAUUCUUUGAGUUUGACGAGGUCUACAGUAAUGGCCAAUAAAACCAGCAUUAUUUUGCUGCCUGCACAGAAUGAUCAUGCAAAUUCUUUCAAGUGCUUGGCUAUUAACAAACGUGAUGGCAACUGUAGUAGUUUUAGUGGAGUUGACCAGGUGGAUUUUUCAAACACGGCCACUUGUCUUGAUCCACUGUAUAAUGUAUUGUGGAGCUAUCACCCUGGGACCCAUGAUGUAACGUGCUACAAUGUGGUUGCUUGUGAGUCCAGAGCCACUGCAUUUCUUCCUCCAUCAAUUCUCAGUCCAGAGCUUGCUCUGCCUGUAGUAGCAUCUUGCUUUGUCACUCGAUCUCAGGCAGCUCUGCACCUCCUUAGUUGUCUCGACACUCUGACUCAUGCACAAGAUCAGCAUUUUACUGUCAGGGAAGACAGUGAAGACAAUCAGGCUGGCUGUGGCAAAGUAUACAGCAGGGAGGACUUUUCAGCUGUCACUCGCUUUGAAAGUCAUGGAGGAGGAUGGGGCUAUUCUGGACAUUCCAUCGAAGCAGUCAGAUUUAUGGCAGAUACUGACAUCCUUCUUGGAGGUUUUGGCCUUUUUGGAGGUCGUGGUGAAUACACAGGGAAAAUUAAGUUGUUUGACAUCGGUGUUGAUGGCGGAGAGCAGGAAACUGAUGGAGAGAUGUUGGCAGAGACUGAGGAAGUGCCAUAUGAGUGUGGGCCUCGUCAGAAGUAUCCCAUGCUAUUUGAGGAACCUGUACCUUUACAGGCAAACAGAUGGUAUGUUGCUUGGGCUAGAGUCAGUGGUCCAUCUAGUGACUGCGGCUCCAGUGGACAGGGAAUGGUUACUACUGAAGACCAAGUUGUAUUCUACUUCAAGUCCUCCAAGAAGUCAAACAAUGGAACUGAUGUCAAUGCUGGCCAGAUUCCUCAAUUAUUGUACAGAGUGGUAACACCUGAAAACCGGACACCUAACAGACAAACUGAACACUCAGAACCAGUGUAUGUCCUGAGCCGUGAAUUUUCACGAGCUGUCAGUAAAGAAUGUUUCCAGUCAUUGCUAGCUCUGCUGCAGUGGAGUUGGAACACUUUCAAGGCCGGGUUGGUUGACAUUUCCCACAUAAGCAGUUCAACAUCAGGUCACCUAGCUGCCCUUUUAGACCUUGAAAGGCUUGUGUAUAUUAGUCAAGCAAGUCUGAGACUGCUGCGUACCUAUACUAAUGAGAUAUACCCUAACCAAGUUGGUUCCAAGAAAAUACCAGCUGAGUCUGUACGCUUGGCUGAGUGUGUGGGAGAUGUAAGAGCUCUACUCCGUCAAAUCCUCUCAGACUCUAUUCCUAGUACCAGUGUUACACGUAAAAGUGGAAAGAACCGUUCAUUAAAAAGUUCAACUCCCUAUAAUAAAAUGACAGCAAGUAUCCUCAAAGAGUGUCAUGAGACAUUUGUGUCAUGCUUUCAUGCCUUCUAUCCAACAGCCUUUUUAAAAUGGACUUGCUUGUGUGAUCUGCUAGCAUUAAUGGAUAAAGGUGAUGAUGGAAUGCAAGGAAACUGUGACAGGCUGCUGAGUGCAGUGUUGGCCUCUCUUUGCAGUCCAACUGUACGUCUCCGUUCUACAUUCCCUAUUCUUAACAGUGUCUUGGACACUUCAGACUCAUCUCUUAAGAGACAGUUGAGCCCUUCGGACAAUACAGGGUUGCCUAUGAUGCCAUGUGUUGAUGGACAUCAUUAUCCUAUUCUUGUAGAACAGAUGAGCUACAGAAGUCAGUUGGAGGGUAGUGGGAUGAUAGGGAACUGGUUGUUUCAAGAAGUAUUGGAAAGAUUGCUGGAUUUGGUGACUGUUCCAGUAAAACAAUCAUUGUGCCAAGAGAAAACAAUACAUUCAAGUGAACUGGUUCAGAAUUGUUGUCAUUUGCUUGCCAGAGUAGUUGCUGAAUUGGCCUCUCAGUCAAGUGGAACUGAUGAGGACCUACAAGGAGCCUGUGGACGUGUUCUUCACACAACUCCAUCUCGUUUCACACGGACUAAUCAGAGUCGUACUUGGAACACUGGAAAUGGCUCUCCUGAUGCCAUUUGUUUCUCUGUUGACCGAUCUGGCAUUGUGAUAGCAGGAGUUUGUGUUUAUGGGGGAGUUGGAACAUAUGAAUAUGAACUUGAGCUUCUUGAUGAUCAAAAUAACAGUGGCAAUGAUCCAUCACACACUCAGCGCUGGAAUAGCUUAGAAAUGGCACGAGGAACAUUUGGUCCAGAUGACUGUGUAGCUGAUGUAGCAGAAGUUAAAUUUGAUAGACCAGUACCCAUCAAAGAGAAUGUUAAGUAUGCUGUCCGUUUGAGGAAUCAUGGUGGUCGUACUAGUAAUGGAGACGGAGGACUGAGUUCUGUGAAGGGACCAGAUGGUACUACAUUUGCUUUCUCAACCUGUUCUCUGAGUUUCAAUGGAACCACACAAACCAGAGGACAGAUACCACAGAUUCUUUACUACAGCAAUCCUCAGGAUUCAGAAAGUCAGCAAACUAGCAAAGCAUGGGCAGAACUUCAGGCUUGCAAGUGUACACUGUCUAUGACAUCAGCUAUCGUUCAGCGUUGCAAUGAUUUGAUGGCUUUGGCAAGGGAACGUGCAGAAGAUCAGAUAGCCACAGAAGUGCUGGGCAGUGCUUGCAUCCUUACAACACUUUUACCUCUCAUACUAGCACACAUUAGUCCAUUAGCAACAUUAGACCCAAGGAGUGGUGUGCAGGUACUGAAUCUUAUCCAGGAACUGCUUCCUCACGUGGCAGCAUUGAACUUGCUUAAUAGCAAUAUGCAUCAGUCUACAGGAUCUCUGGACAGUGUUGGAGGUCAGGAUUCUCAAGGCUACUUUCAGCCUUCUGCCAUGUGUACCACAUCACACCACUAUGCGUGGGUGGAGAGUGAUCAUCCUUACAAGCCUGCUACUGUCUCAAACUAUAGGGUUUCAUUUCCGGAGAGUGUGAAGUGGCUUUGUAUCGAGUUUGACCCCCAGUGUGGUACAGCACAAGCAGAGGAUUCUUUACAACUGUAUAUACCAAGUCUCCCCUCCAAUCUAGUUGCUAAACAAACUGUAGAGGACUGUGAUGUUGAAUCUUCCCCUGUUCCGUACUGGCCAGUAUUACAGAAAUUCAAUAGAGGGAGCAAUAAUUGGCCUCAGAUGGCAGUUGUUCUACCAGGAAAUGAAGUGAUAUUCUCUCUGGAAACUGCGUCAGACUAUGUGAAAGAUGAGAAGGCUUGUUCCUAUGGAUUCCGAUGUCUGGUUGUUGGAUAUGAGUGGCAUUCUAACCCAGGGGAAGGAUUGAAGCACCUUGAAACUGAAUUGUCCUUUCUGGGUGGAAUGUGUGCAGCAUCACUCAUGAAGAAAGAUCUUCUUUUGCCACCAGUAUCAGUGGAAGAGAUGGAUGAGGAUAUGGACAUGGUCGAAGAACUGGCACAACAUGUGUAUAGAAGUCAUUCAGCUUUACUCUCCAAGGGAUUUGCAUUGGCUAAUCCUCCUACAAUCACCCAGGCAUUGGAGGGAAUCCUGCCAUUUAGUUGCCACUCCAAUGAGCGACUGUUCUUGAAAGACUUUGUACACUGUGUCCCGGGGACAAGCGGUGGACGACUGUCUCGAUGGUUACAGCCAGACUCGUACGUUGAUCCGGCACACUGUGAGGUGCUAUACAGCAGGGAUGAUAUGCGAUGUGGUUGGCCUGCUAUUGUUACUGUUGUUACCAAAGACCAGUAUGGAGAUAUUGUCCAUGUUCCCAACCUGAAGAUUGAAGUAAAGGCAGUUCCUAUUGACAAGAAAGAGAUUGGUGAUUCUGACCAGGGUCGUAAGAUGCGUCGGGUGAGCCAACCAGAUGCUUUGACUUUUGGGGGGCACGCACAUCCUUCUUUGGACACACCAUAUGAGGUUACUGUCAAAGACAAGAUGUGUUACUAUGCUAUCACCAUUAUGAAGGCUUAUGAGAACUACUCUUUUGAGGAGUUGCGAUUUACAUCUCCUGCAAUUAAACGUUCAAGUGAGAACAUGCUGGUACGUCCAAACUCUGAUGGAACGUAUAGUGCGACAUGGACACCAGGAAGUGUUGGCUGGUAUUCUGUGCUUGUUACCAUUGAUGGUUACGACAUGGAAGAGGCAUACAAAGUAGAAGUGAAAGAGCCACCACAAGGAAUGACACCUCCUACACAGAGUGUUGUGAAGAAAGCUCCCCAUCAGCCCAGUCGUCUGCGAAAAUUUGUAGCAAAAAAUAGUGCAGGACUUAGAAUUAGAGCCCAUCCUUCUCUGCAGAGUGAGCAGAUAGGAAUUGUUCAUGUUAAUGGCACUAUUGCUUUCAUAGAUGAGAUCCACAAUGAUGAUGGGGUGUGGUUGCGUCUGAGCCAGGAUACAAUUCAUCAGUACUGCAGCAACGGCCAUGGCGAGGCAUGGUGCCUGCAGUAUAACCAACACCUUGGUAAAACCCUGUUGCUCCCAGUGGAGGAACCAAAGUCCAUUCUUGACCAGGUCAUCAAGGAAACCAUUAUGAGGAAACUGCCAGAAGUUUCUAACAAGAAUGGGCGAGCAAAGAGUUCCACUGUGUGUGGCCCUGGUGAAUAUCAAGUGAUAAAGUGUGGGGCAUCAGGCCACAACGUUCGUAGUCGCCCUAAUCUCAAGGCUUCACCUGUUGGCAUGUUGGUUCUUGGAAAUCAUGUGACAGUUGUGGAUCAUGUGGUUAAUGGAGAAGGAACGUGGGUGCAGCUGGACAAGGACACUAUGAGAAAGUUCUGCUUUAACACGGAGGGUGAGGCUUGGUCUUUGGCCCUUAGCCGGAGUGAUGUGGUUUACUUGAGAAAGGAUGGUGUUGUGGAUGAAGAGUUUACAGUGGAAGAUGGGACUCAUAUAGAUGAAAAUAGGUUUUCGCCGCACAAAAGAGGAUUUGAUUUCUCCAGCAAUACAAAUGCUACAGCAUUUGCUUCAGCAGAUGGCACAGGUUUCAAUUUUGGGUCUGUCAUGCCUUUCAAUAAGGAUACUCCACAGUUGGGAUCAGCAGGCAGUAGCAACAUUAACCCUUUUGUGUUUGGAGCAUUUGCACAAGAGAACAAAUUGGGAGCAGCUACUAAAGACAUCCAUGACAUCCUUCAUGUUCCUGAUGGGAAGUGUGAUAAGCCUGAACUGUCUCCAAAACCCAGUCUUCCACAGUCAAGAGAGAGAAAUCGAGACCGAGAAAAGGAGAAAGACAGAGAAAGUGGGAAAUUUUCUGCGUUACAGAAGUGGUUGAAAGGUGAAGAGGGGCGACAUAGCUCAGAGAGGCGAGGAUCUUCUGGAAGAGAUCUACCUCCAGAGUUAGUUGGUGUAUCAGUAAAAGAUCUAGUGAAAGCAAUUGGAGAGAGUCGAGCUAAUGGAAAUGGAGUUACUCCACCUGGGACUCCAAGGCGUACGUCUCGUAGCUCAAGUCCUAAGGCCUGCCCAGGAGGAGGAUUGUCUCCACGACUCAGUCGCAGCUCUAGUCCUGUAUCAAUUCCAGCUCCACUGGGCAGACAAACUUGUGCAGGCACUGCUCACUCCCUUAACGUUCCAGCAGGCAGUGUCCCUAAUGUAGCAGGUGGCAGACCUGUGGUAGGCUUGCUACAUGAUAGUGCUAGCAGCAGCCCUCAAGCCUACGGCUCCCCUCGUAGCAUUGGUCUCUCACCACUAGUAUCAGGUGCCAUGGUAGACUCGCAGCACAGUGCUGUGUCUCAUCGGCGUGGCUCUACACAAAGUGAUACAAGUGCUCUAGUGAGUAGCCUUACUCAUGACUUGUCCCAGUCUCCCAGUGGAUGUACAACAACAGCCAACACUCGUGAUCUAUCACCAAGUCCUAGCAGCAGUUCCCUACAGAUGCGCUCAGACGGGAGUCCAAACAGCACACCUGGCACACCUAGAAAGAAUGAGCAAGAAACAUUGGGGUACAGUCCCAGGGCAGUGACUCAGACUGGGACCCAAACAAGUCCUGAGAGUGUUGCAGCCAGCAUGAAGGGCCACUUUAGCAUUGGGGCUAGUGGAAACAAGGAAGAGCGACUGUCUCCAAAGCUGGGGCGCAAAGAUCGAAGUGGCACAGGCAGUAAGGCACGCAGUAGCAAACGAGCUAUGUCACCUGCACCAACACAACAGUCCAGCUCCAACCGUGAUCACAACAUCACUCUUACAAAAGAGCCAGUGAAGGAAGCUGUAAGCCCAUCUAUUGCUGAGAGUUUGAGAGCCAUUUUUGCAGCAUUUCUAUGGCAUGAAGGAGUCGUACAUGAUGCCAUGGCAUGUGCGUCUUUUCUCAAGUUCCAUCCCAGCUUGCCAAAACAGGGAGCUCUUGUUGUGACUCGCCAGCCUGUAGGAGGUGCAGGGGGUGGAGGAGUUGCAGAAAGGAGGAGAUCUGAACUUACAAAAGAACAACGAGCACGCCAGCGGCACUCAGUUGAAGUUAGUACAGCAGGAAAUUACCUUCAUAUUCAGCCAUCAACACUAGAAACCCUGACAAGAUCAGCAGCAAAUGCUAAUGCAAACCGAAACAGAGCCAAGAAGCAGCAUGGAGAGGCUGUGAUUAAGGAAGAGAGCGGUGGCAGCAGUGGUGGUGGUAGUGCUGCGGCAGCAGGAGAUGUUGUUGACAAAUUGGCUUCUCUUCCUGAAACUUCUUUUCACACAGUGGCAGUACUACCUCCAGCUCUCAAGUCCCUGGUAUACUUGUGGGAGGAGUUGAGUACCAACUGCCUGCAAGCCAUCAUGCAGCAAGUUGUUCUGCCCAGUCCCACAAUGCCAGCCAGACCUACUAAGAAGUCUCUUAGUGCAGACAAGAUGGUUAGUGCCAUGGGCAGUAAGGGUUUACAAGACAGUAAGGAGCAGCGGGGGGCCAAUGAGAGGGAAAUUAGUAGUAAGAAAGCUGGUCGCAAGAAGAAAGAAUGGAAACCCAUGGGACGGGUCAACCUGCUAGGGGAAGUAGCUGGUGGGCUAGCAGGUGGUGCAGCAAUGUUAGGAGCAGGAGUGGGGGGAAUAGAGAGAGAAACAGUGUGUGAAUUGUGUGGAAAUAUGUACCCACACCCUGUCACGUACCACAUGCGACAGGUUCAUCCCGGUUGCGGAGGUCAUGCGGGAGGAAAGGGCUACAACAGUGGGGGAAACUUUUGUGUGGGUUGGGCUGGGAACUGUGGAGAUGGAGGUGUUGGGGGAAGUUCCUGGUAUCUUGUGUGUGACACAUGCAGAGAAAAAUACCUCCGAUCCAAGAAGCAGAGUGGCUUGCCUGGUAAAGAUAAGUCUGGCAGCAGCAAGAAGAGCAGCCUAGGGAGAAAGAAGUCAGCAGGUCCUGGUUCAUCUUCCAAGUUGCUAUCUCCUACUGCCAGCUCAGCUCCAUUAGAGACACACAUAAUCAUGAGAAACAAUGCUAUGUUUCUGCUUGACCUUGCUAGUGCUGCAGGUUCAGUCUUUCCUUCUCACCAGCACAGGCGAAUCUCAGUCAACAACAUGCCAUCAGUUUCAGAAAACUACAGUCCACCAGAUCCCCCUGGACCAUUUUCACCAGCAGGCCCAUUUCAGUGUCUGCAGGCACUUGGCAUUCACCCGUCACAGCAAAUACAUGAAGACCAACAGUUCUUGGAGGAAACAUUCAGGAGGCAGACAAUACAACAGAGUUUGGUGGAAGCAGCUUUCAGUGGGAAUCUUCAUCUUGGUGCUCCAUUAGGAUUACGGCCAUUGUCAGAGGGCCCUCUGAGUGAUAAUGAGAGUGAAGGAAGCAAAGGACGUACAUUUCAUCGUUCAGUCUCAAUGGGUACAAAUGGUGCCCCAUGGAGCAGAAGAGAGGGUGAUGGACGUGUCAUCAUGAUGCGAAAACGAAACAACAGCAGUGGAGAGAUGGCCAGCGAUGGUGGCUCUUCACUUCUCUGUUACCCAUCAGCUGCCCUUCAGAAGUUAGUUCCAUGCAUGGACCAGUCUGCUAUUGUGUCAGAACAUUUUAAGGGCUGCAUGUUGGACAUUCUGAAUCGCCCAGUCAUGAGUUUCCUGUUGCAGCAGCAUAACUUGGAAGCUUUGCAGCUGGCCAUGAGACAAGCUUUGCGGAAAGCCACAUGUCGAGUCUAUGCAAUGCAGGCUUUGAAUUGGCUUCUUAGAAGUGUCACUCAACCUACAUGCCUUCAUGAUCUGCUGUGGUGGUUUGUAGCUGCCCUCAUGCCAGCUCCUCCUGACCCUGAUGCUGAGGGUGAGGAAGACAACAGCAGAACUGAUAAGAAGGAUGAGCAUGAUUUGCAUGGUGUGUGUGAGCACCCGCUGAGUGACAUUAGUAUUGCUGGGGAAGCAGUUCAUCCUCUCCCCUCCACAUUCCACACUCUGCUACAAACAAUAGCAGACCUCAUGCUGUUGCUUCCUAUGGGCUCAGCACUUCAGCAGAUGGCCAUUAGAUGUUGGGGACUUCGCUUCACACAGUCUGACCACAUGUUCCUACACAGGAGUCAUGUAUUCAGCAAUAUAAGCAAAAUUCUCUCUCGUUCAGAGGAAGAGCAAGAUGAUAUCAGUAUGAGCAUGCAUGAGAGUCAUCAGUCCACAUAUUCUCAGGUUACAAGCUGUGUAGAGACAUUAAAGGACCUGACUGCCAAUGUAGAAAUCAAAGCAUCAAGCAGACAAGCAAUGGUUGGCAGCCUCACAGACAGUUCUACUGAAACUUUCUGGGAGUCAGGAGAUGAGGACAGAAACAAGACUAAAACAAUAACCAUAGUAUGUGCUUCCCAGUCAUUCCCAAGAAUGAUAUACAUUCACAUUGAUAACUGUAGGGAUCUGGCAAACAAAGUGUCAAGUGUCACUUUCCAGUCUGGUCCUAAUGUAGAUGAACUCUACAAGCUGCGCCAAGUUGAAGUUGAAAACCGUUCCACUGGCUGGGUGAGCUGUCCAGUUCUGGAUGCUCGUCAUACAGUGGUUCGCUUGGAGCUAAAAGGACCUGACAAUUCACUACGUCUUCGCCAGAUACGUGUUCUGGGAGAGAUAGAAGGUGAGAGCCUGAAGCUUGGUCGUCAGCAUAGUGCACAAACCAUACAACAGCGCAACUGUGAGACAGAAACAUUAAGGGUCUUCAGAUUGAUAACCUCACAGGUGUUUGGAAAGUUAAUCCUUGGAGAGCAGCCUUUGGAUGCUGAAGGGGAAGAGGGGAAAGGUGAAGGUGAAGAAAGCAAUGAUUUAAAGGAGCACAUGGUUGGGAUUCUUUUUAGUCGGAGUAAGUUAACACAUUUGCAAAAACAGGUUUGCAUGCACAUUGUGCAAGCCAUUCGAAAAGAGGCAACUCGAGUUCGUGAAGAAUGGGAAUCCCUUCUCUGUUCAGCACAUACAGCACCAUCUGGAGGCAGUUUCAGCAGUGGCCACAGUCUAGAGGCACCAAAAUCUGCUGACACAUAUUGCUUUGAAAUGUUGUCUAUGGUUCUCGCACUUAGUGGAAGCAGUGUGGGUCAAGCGUAUCUUUCACACCAGUAUGGCUUGUUACGUGACCUUCUUAGUCUACUCCACACUGGGUCAGCUAGGGUUCAGAGGCAGGUGACCUCUUUACUGCGACGUAUGUUACCAGAGAUAUCUCCUGCAAUAUUGGGCAAUGUUAUGAGCAUUGACAGACUUCCACCAACUGAUUUCAGUAUUGUAUCGGCUGCCAACAAGGCUCCAUUGGAACCAGAGCCUCAGUUUGACAUUCACAGGCUUGGUAUUUUAGAUGUAUUCUUGAGUUGUGUUGCCAAAGCUCUUACAGUUCAGGUGAAAGUAAAGGGGAAAGAUGCCUCUGGAGGGAAAGGCCUGACUACGGUGACCUUGGCAACGUCAAUUCAUCCUCGAGAUUUUGUUGGCUCACGCUGGUGGUUGCGAGGGUGUAUUACUCGUAAAUUGGCUGAGGUUAUUAUUCAACUUAUGAAGGAUAUGGCAGCGGGCAAACUGUCAGAAGCCUGGGCAAAUGUGACAAAGAGUGCAGUAGCUGAAAACAUCCUGAAUCUGACAAAACUGGAGGAUUUACAUCGCACGCCAUCUGACUGCUUACGCACUCCUACACUAUGGCUGGCUCUUGCCUCCUUGUGUGUUCUAGACAGUGAACAUGUGGAGCGACUUUCAUCAGGACAGUGGAGUGGGGCUGCCGAUGGACAACCUCCUCCUCCAAGGCCAACAUGCAGUAACCAUGAUGAUGGAGAAACAGGAGCAAUCAUACAAUGCAAUGUAUGUGGGAAUUUGUGUGCUGACUGUGACCGGUUUCUGCAUUUACAUCGCCGCACUCGCCUGCACCAGAGACAGGUAUGCAAAGAAGAGGAGGAGGCAAUCAAGGUGGACUUGCAUGAGGGGUGUGGUCGUACCAAAUUGUUUUGGGUGAUGGCAUUGGCUGAUUCAUGCACAUUAAAGGCAAUGGUGGAGUUUCGAGAGGGAACCCGAAGCAAACCAGCUGGCGUGGCAUCUGGUGUCUGCCGGUUCUGUGGAACUACUGGAAAU